AAUAUGCGCAACCUAUGCAUCCCAACGGCUACCCCCCCGCCGCAAACGGAUUUCAACCAGUUCACCCUCAGCAGCAGAUGAUGCCCGUCUAUCCUCCCCAGCAGCCUAUGUCGAAUCAUCCGCAAGUCAUAAUACCUCCUCGACCCUCCCCUCAACAACAGUACCAUCCGAACCAUGCCCAAGUCCUCCAAGGGCCCCCUCCACAGCAACGAUCUUCACAACCGCAAGUCGUGAUUCCACCAAGAAACCUGAGUUCAAACGUUAUGGGCCAGGCGCAAAAUCCAAAGAUACGCCAGGUUCAAGUUCCGUCGCAUAAGCCUAAUAGCGGAGCCCCAUCACGCGAAGGACAAGGCCAUGCAAGACCGCCGCAGAACGAGAAUCCCGAAUCGAAACCGCCCCAACGGUUGCAAGCACACCAGGAGAACAUGCCUCGGCCCCAACAGCGAAAUGGCAGCCUCCCGUCCUCAAAUCCAAGUCAACAUAGAUCGCCGCUCCAGAACCAACAACAGGGUCCCUAUCAGAGAACGCCGUCGUCUCAGCACCAGUCCAGCCAGCAUCGAAGCUCGCUGCCCCAGACUCCAUCUUCACAAAAUCGCUCACACCCACAAGUAGUCAUUCCGGGAAAAUCUACGUCCGUCACACCUUCGUCAACGCCCACACUAGUCAAUGAAUCAUUACCGGUGGACCUUAAUGUUUUGCUUCUUGCGGCGGCCGACGAGUACAUUGACGCUGCGCGUGCACUGGGAUCAGUCACGGCAAUGGUGCAGAGACCGGCGGAUUUGGAGCAGUAUCAAAAACUCAUGGCAACCGGACUGGGAUGCAUGGAAGCUGUGCUGAAAAGGUACAACCAUGCGCCGCGAGACGAGGCGAAGUUGAGGCUCAGAUUUGCGAGCCUACUAGUGGAGGAAACUGACAAUGAUGUGGAAAUUGAAGAUGUCAUAACGAAAGGAAUUGCUUUGUGUUCUAGAUGCCGCCUUCUUGACAUAAAAUAUAGCUUGCAGCACCUAUCCGUCCGAUACCAGGCCCAAACGAACCUCCGAGCAGCUUUCAAGACUUUGGAUGGUCACAUCUCGGAAGUGGAAACUUUCAGACAUAUAGCAUGGGUCUAUGCUUUCCGCUUUCUCAAGGUCUCUCUCGCACUUCAGGGGCCUGGCAAACCAGAAUAUGCCCCAGCGCUCCAGCAACUACAUGCUAUUUCCAGCCACGCAGAGCGAGAGGGUGACCGAGCAGUAUAUGUCACGAGUAAUGUUCUACAGGCUCUCAUUCACGUAAAGACUUCAUCCCCGGAUCGACUGGAGCAUGCGCAACGUGCCAUUGCCUCCGCCAGAAGUCUUCAACUGCAGACUUCCGUUGAGCAACUUGGGUCAAUAGCCGCCUUGGUCGAUUGUGUCGAGAUUGCGUGCAGCUUGCAACAGGGAACUCCUGACAAGAAUAAGGUAGCUGCAUUGCAGGCGAAUCUGAAUACCAGUCUAGAAGCUAAAUCACCAUACUUUCCCAUUCUCAUCGAGAGGAGUUCGGGAGGGAGCUCGACUAUGACGACAGGAGGGAUUUUCAGAAAGACGAACGAUGGUCGCGAUGAGCUUGUGUUCUCCUGGCUUUCCAAGGAUGAUCUCACGAAGUUGGCGUACUACCUCAGUGGCGUAGUGUCGCUGGCUCAUGAUAGUAGAGGUCCAGAUUAUUUGACUGAGGGCCUUAAAACUACCCAAGAAGCUCUACAGCGGCCCUCAUAUGCACCCCUACCUCUCUCGACGUGCUUGCAACGAAGGAGCUGGUUAUCAACUCUCGAUUGGCAUGUGAGCUUCACUCUAGGGCUCGUUGCUUGCCACACGGAGGACAUGCGCCACACAAAUGAAGCUGUGAUAUCUCUCCGCAAUCGCCUUGGCCAGUCACCUUUCAAUAAUGGCGAGCCCUAUACGAUCAUGCUACAGUACCUGUCUGGCUUGCAGGACCAGUUGAGGGGAUCCUUCGAUUCCGCACUUGCAGCCUGGGGCUCCCCCGUGUUUGCUUUACCGACCGCUGGCGCUCAUGCCGACUUCAAGACUGACCUUGCAAUUUUAGCCACCAUGAAUCGUAUCUUGAUUGUUAUGAAUCCUCUACACCCAGAACACUACCUUUCCGACAUUCUAUUUGCCCAGCUUGAACCUCUUUGCACCAACCAUCCUCACCUAUAUAUCAGUACCGCGUUUAAGCUCAUCCGCGCUUUCACAUCAGCAACAAAAACAUCCAUCAAUCGCCAAAAGACGCUUGUAUCGAACGCUAUCGUCAGCUCGCAAAAGUUGCAACAAUUCCGCAACUUCCAGUUCGUGACGAUGUGCUUGAACUACAUGGCUGUACUUUUCUUUGCCGAUGGUAUGGAUACUCAGGCUGUUAAGAGCGUCCGGGCAGCCAGACAGAUGGCAAAUCACAACCGCAAUGCGCUAUGGCGGGCAGUUGCGCUAGGCUUGUGUAUCCCCACAUUUCAACGGCAUGGAUUCAUGCAGGACGCAACUGCCUGCCAGAUCGAACUCCAGAAAUUGUGGGACUACUUACCGGACUCGAUGAAGAAUGAGAUUGCCGGGUACACUGGGUUCCAGGAAGCCAACACCGGCAACGGCGAUUUCUACAUGCAGGGAUGAGCUCUUUCAGGGGAGACAUUAGGGAUGGCGUUACAGCAUUUACGAGGAGUGUCUCUUUCAUCAACCGGAAAACUCAACGGGAGUCAUGGAUCAUUUGGGUGUGUAACUGUUUAUUUGUUGAUGUACAGCAUCAGGCGCGCUAUAUCCAUUCAAGUUAUACAUGAUGGAAAUGCGACGAAGUGGCUAUAAGACCACUUGUCGCGAUCAUUUGUUGUUUCUAGGGUUCACAAGGCACGGUGGGUGUUUUCGAGAUAAGAAAGGCUAUACGGGUAUAGGUAAUUUUCGGUUGUUACUUCAAUACCUUUCGUACUAUAUCAUACCCAUUCAGCGAUUAUUACCCGCUUCGGC